AUGGAGAAACAGAAGAAGCAUCCGACGAAUCAGCGUCGGUUGCCGAAGGCACAGCGAACCACUUACGAACCGGUUAUUGUCCAAGCCGAGAAGGCUGGAUACGUCAUUUACAAGGACAAAGACCGCAUGAUGCACCGCCGUGUUUUCAUGGCGCCGACAAUUAUUGCAGCUUACAAUUUUUGCAUGAACGCGGUCGACCGAGUCGACCAACUACGCAGUAUCAACCCAAUCCGCCGCCGCGAAAAACGCUUGAGUAUGACGAUGUUUACGUGGCUGAUGGACAUUGCAAUUAUCAAUGCGCAUACACUUGUAAAAACUAUACGACGACAGGAAAGAAAUAAGUUUGCGGGAAUUCGAGUGUAA